AAUAAGAACAAUAACCAAAAACUCCCAAAUUAAUUUUGCUUAAGCAGCAGCAGAAGAAGAAGCAUGGCGGAACAAGAAUUACAGAGAAUCAAUGAGAAGAAGCCAUGGCAAGUUCUCGAGUUCUACAGUGGAAUCGGUGGAAUGAGAUACUCUUUAAUGGCGUCAGGCAUCGUCUCAGAAGUAGUAGAAGCUUUUGAGAUCAAUGAUUCUGCUAAUGAUGUUUAUCAACAUAAUUUCAAACAUCGUCCCUAUCAGGGGAAUAUUCAGAGUCUCACUGCUGCUGAUUUAGAUAAGUAUAAUGCAGAUGCUUGGCUUCUUUCUCCUCCUUGUCAACCUUAUACUAGACAAGGCCUUCAGAAACACUCUGGUGAUGCUCGGGCUUUUUCGUUUCUCAGGAUUCUUGAGCUUAUACCGCAUACAACAAAGCCUCCACAAAUGUUAUUUGUAGAGAAUGUUGUUGGAUUUGAGACUUCGGAUACACAUAUGGAAAUGAUUGGUACAUUAACAAAAUUAGAUUAUGUCACACAAGAGUUUAUAUUGAGUCCGCUGCAGUUUGGUGUGCCGUAUUCAAGACCACGUUAUUUCUGCCUGGCCAAAAGAAAACCUCUGCCAUUUAAGUCCCAACACAGUAAUAACAAACUACUCUGGUCUCCAGACCCGUUAUAUGGGCGUGAUGAUCAGGUUGAGUUUGGAAAAUGUCAAGCAGAAGAAGGAUUGGAUAAAUUACUUGAGUUUUGCAAACCAGUAGAGAAGUUUCUCGAGUUAGCUGCACAUGUUGAUGGCGAGCCAAGUAGUGUUGAUGACUCUGAAAAUGGGUCCAAAGAUUGUUGUGGACAAGAAGGCGAUUCUGUCCCAGACUCUGUACAUCAGUAUCUAGUACCAGUUAGUUUGAUAGAGAGAUGGGGAAACGCAAUGGACAUUGUUUACCCUGAUUCAAAGAGAUGUUGUUGUUUCACAAAGAGUUAUUAUCGAUACGUGAAGGGCACAGGUUCCCUAUUGGCAACUGUCCAGCCAAAAAUCAAGGGUAAGGAAUCUUGUUUGAAGGAGCAACGGCUUAGAUACUUCACCCCUAGAGAGGUAGCUAACUUUCACUCAUUCCCUGAAGAUUUUGAGUUCCCCAAGCACAUAAGCCUUCGACAAAGAUACGCAAUGCUUGGAAACAGUUUAAGUGUAGCAGUGGUGGCUCCUCUGCUUCGGUAUCUAUUCGAUUCUUGACUACACAAUUUGAUGCACUAAGUGACGCGACCAAUUACCGGAAUCAGUUAUUCUCCUGAACAAGCUUCUACUACUUUUUUGUUUACUGAUAAAGUUCAAACUGAUGAACUUACGUUUUGUUAUCGAUCCUUAACUUUAUGGGCCAGUAUUUUAAAUGGGCCUUAUUCGGCCCGUUAAUCAUAAUUUCUUACCCAAAUUUCCGUA